ACCGCCUUCUGACUGACGCCACGAGUUGGGUUUCUUCUCCCGCCCUCCAAGAUCCAAACGGAGGAUCCAAACGGAGAAUCGAAACUGCGCUGGGCUGUAUGCAGCAGGAACCUGCAGCCGCCGGAUCUCCUGGCCUCCAGCAGGACCCUGUCCUGCCUCAUACGCCCACCAUGCCUCCCCCGGAGUCCCCCUCCGGAGGCCACCAGCCCAGCCACAGCCCAGCAGAGCAAUCCAUGGAAGAGGAGUUCCAGUUCCUGCACUGCCAGGGAUGCCAGACACCAGCCAAGUGCCCCAAGCUGCUGCCUUGCUUGCAUACGCUGUGCUCAGGAUGCCUGGAGGCUCCGGGCCUGCAGUGCCCCAUCUGCCAGGCGCCCCGACCCCAGGGCGACGAUGACUCCCCGCCUUUGGAUAACGUAUUCUUCGAGAGCUUACAGCGGCGCCUGUCCGUGUACCGGCAGAUCCUGGAUGCUCAGGCUGCUUGCACCCGCUGCAGAGAACCGGCUGACUUCUGGUGCUUCGAGUGUGAGCAGCUCCUCUGCUCCAAAUGCUUUGAGGCGCACCAGUGGUUCCUCAAGCAUGAGGCGCGUCCCCUGGCCGAGCUCCGCAGCCAGUCAGCUCGUGAGUUCCUGGAUGGCACACGCAAGUCCAAUAACAUCUUCUGCUCCAACCCCAACCACCGCACCCCUGCGCUGACUAGUAUUUACUGCCGAGGCUGUUCCAAGCCGCUGUGCUGUUCCUGUGCACUCCUGGACAGGGACCACAGCGACCUCAAGUGCGACAUCAGCGCAGAGAUCCAGCAGCGGCAAGAGGAGUUGGACACUAUGGCACACGCACUGCAAGAGCAGGACAGUACCUUCAGCACUGCGCACGCAGAGAUGCGCUCAGCCAUUGGCCAGCUGGGCCGUGCGCGCGCGGACACAGAGGAGCUGAUUAGCACACAUGUACGCCAGGUGGUAGCACAUGUGCUGGCACGGGAGCGCGAGCUGCUGGAUGCAGUGAAUGAGCAGUACCAGCGAGAUUACCAAGAGAUGGCCAGCCAGCUUCGUCGCCUGGAUGCUGUGCUGCAGCGCAUCCGCACUGGCGGUGCGCUGGUGCAGAGGAUGAAGCGCUAUGCCUCCGACCAGGAGGUUCUGGACAUGCAUGACUUCGUGCACAAAGCGCUCAACCGCUUACGCCAGGAGGAGCCCCAGAGCCUGCAAGCUGCUCUGCACACAGAUGGCUUCGAGGAGUUCAAGGUUCGCCUGCAGGACUUCGUCUCUUGCAUCACCCAGGGAACAGAUGCAGCUGUAUGCAGGAGAGCCAGCCCAGAGGCUGCCGGAACUCCCAGGGAGCCUUUUGAUGUUGACUUGCCGGACGAGGCACAGAGGGUGCAGGCCCAGGCCCUGGGGCUGGCUGAGGCCCAACCUGUGGCUGUGGUACAGUCGGUGCCCGGAGCACACCCUGUGCCACUGUAUGCCUUCUCCAUCAAAGGCUCCUCUUACAGUGAGGAGGUCUCCAACACAACCACCCCCAAGAAGAGGAAGUCCUGCCAUACCCAGUGUUCCAGGAAGGUCAUCAAGCUGGAGUCUGAGGAAGACAAGGAGGCGAGAUUGGCUCCAAGUUCCCCGGAGCAGCCCAGGCCCAGUACCUCCAAGGCUGUCUCACCUCCCCACUUGGAUGGGCCCCCCAGCCCUGAAAGCCCCAUCAUAGGAAAAGAGGUCCUCUUGCCCAACAACAACCACGUGCUUGGCGACGCUGGGGAGGCAGAGGAGCGCAUCGUUGUGAUCAGCAGCUCAGAAGACUCAGAUGCCGAGAACUCGUCCUCCCGAGAGCUGGAUGACAGCAGCAGCGAGUCCAGUGACCUCCAGCUGGAGGGCCCCAGCUCCCUCAGGGUCCUGGACGAGAGCCUCGCCGACCCCCGAGCAGAAGACAGGCCCCUGGUUUUCUUUGACCUCAAGAUUGACAAUGAAACCCAGAAGAUUAGCCAGCUGGCAGCUGUGAACCGGGAAAGCAAGUUUCGUGUGCUCAUCCAGCCCGAGGCCUUCAGCGUCUACUCCAAGGCCGUCUCCCUGGAGGUGGGGCUGCAGCAUUUCCUCAGUUUCCUCAGCUCCAUGCGCCGCCCCAUCUUGGCCUGCUAUAAGCUGUGGGGGCCUGGCCUCCCCAAUUUCUUCCAGGCCCUGGAGGACAUUAACAGGCUGUGGGAAUUCCAGGAGGCCAUCUCGGGCUUCCUGGCUGCGCUGCCUCUCAUCCGGGAGCGCGUGCCAGGAGCCAGAAGCUUUAAACUCAAGAGCCUGGCUAAGACCUACCUAGCAAGAAACAUGAGUGAGCGCAGUGCCCUGGCCGCCGUGCUAGCCAUGCGUGACCUGUGCCGCCUCCUUGAGGUCUCUCCAGGCCCGCAGCUGGCCCAGCACGUCUACCCCUUCAGUAGCCUGCAGUGCUUCGCCUCCCUGCAGCCUCUGGUUCAGGCGGCCGUCCUGCCCCGGGCUGAAGCCCGCCUCCUGGCCCUGCACAAUGUGAGCUUCCUGGAGCUGCUGACCACACAUCGCAGUGACCCUCAGCGGGGCCUGAAGAAGUACAGCCACUACCUGAGCCUGCAGACCACCUCAUCACCCUCAGCCCAGCCUGCUUUCAAACUGCAGGCCCUGAGCACCUACUUGGAAGGUCUGUUGGAGGGCCCGGCCUUGGCACAGGCAGAAGGCAGCUCCACACCUCUCACUGGCCACAGCUUGGCAGAAAAGGCCAAGCAGAGCUGAGAGGAGGGGAUGACUGGUAUAGGGUCUCUGGUAGGCAGAGAGGGAGGGGGUCCCUGAGCCAGGCCCCACCUAUCACAGCAUUCCCAAGUUCUGGUACUUAGUACUCAGUUAUCAUUUGGUCCAGAAUCACUUCCCUUUCUCUGGGACCAAAUUCCUCCUCACUAAAAACCUCUCUAAAAAGAGGCAAAGCACUUACCCCUAACCAGCCCCAGACACCCAAUCCCCAGGCCUCUCUCUCCAGGAGCCAGAAUCAGGAAGGUCCUGAGGGAAGAAGCCAUGACCUCUGGGCUCUCUAAGUGGCCCUCCUAUUGCCCCAACCAUGCCACCUUCCUGACCUAAGGGAUCUGCUGAUUGUUCCCACAGAUAGCCAUCUAUGAUGACACUGGCAGCAACACCAGUAGCCUCAUGGGUACCCAAAGUGCCUUUCAAACUAAACCUCUCCUGAAUCUGGGUUCUCCCAGCCUCUACACGCCUGGAGGCCAGCUCUCUCUUCACUUCCUUUUUGAAGCAUUUCCAUCCCAAGAGGGCCUCAGAUCAGCAGAGAGAGCUAGAAGCCAUUUCUCCACCUUCUUGUAGUCUGACCCUUCAAAACUUGCUUCCUUCCUCCCAGCCUUGAAAAUGCCUUCCUUGCAUAAUAGCUUCACUCUUUGGUCCUCAGGCCAUCAGACCCCCACCUCAACGUGACCCUUGACCUUCCCUGUGCUGCCCCACCUUGAGCCCUCCCCAGCAAUGUCCCAAGGGAUGUCCCUAGCUCCACCUGAGGCAUUCCUACCCCCCUGAGAACUUCUUGGAAAUGUGGAUCUGUGGGCUGUAUUUCAGGCUUGCAGACUCAGGAUCUCUGGGGGUGGGUCCAGCAAUCUGUUUCAACAGGUGAUCCUAGUGCAUGCUCAAGUCUGAGAACACCCGCUCUGAUAGACACUCCUCCAGGGGGAAGCAGCAUGGCAUGGCUAAGAAAGUCCUGUCUCUGUCUCUGACCAUGUGCAUUGAAUGUGACUAAGAAGAGGCCUCUUUUGGAACUCUAGUGUCCCCAUCUGUGAAAUGGGCCAACAGGCCUGUAUGGCCUCAGAGCUCCCAUCCAGCUCUGCCAUCCUGGGUUUUUAGGCAUGAAUAGCAGGUCUCUGGGGUAGUGGAUAAGAGGUGUUCUCAUCCUUGAACCCUAGCUCCCAUCCUAAGCCUUUGGUUGCCCAGCUCAUGGUCACACCAGAGAUCAGUAUCAGAAUACAGGGAGGUCAGGACCAUCCCCACUGACAAGCAGAACUACUGUGCCUUCCCCAGCCUCCCCCUGUUCCUUUCCUCCUCCCUGGCUCCUGGCUCCUGGCAUGCUUCCAGACAGCCCAAGCCUCCGAACUCCAUGGCUGUUGGACUUUGGUGAAGUCUUGUGUGUCCUUGCCUCAGGCCCACCCAGUAGGUACCCUGAAGACCCUCUAAGGCAUUCCAUAGGAACUUGUUCCCAUCAUACUGGCUCUAACAGUGAAAACUGCAUCUAAAAUAAGAUCACAAUAGUAGCCUAUUAAAUCUUUUUCUGAACAGGCCAAUGGAUGAAGGUGAAGAAGGGAGCCAGGGAGGCCUGGCUGUUCUGACCCUCUUGGCAGAUGGCAAGGCCAUCUGGGGCCACUUCUCAUUUUUGCCUUCAGCCUAGCCUUGGGCUGAGCAGUGCCCACUGAGGCCCAGUCCCACCAUGCUUGCUUACAAUAAAGGGACACCCUGCCCUUUUGCCACUGUCACAACCUUUAAUAAAGAUGUGAAUCUGAGGAAAAGCCUGAUCACAAAUUGCUAAGUCCAUCUCAGAGGAGCCAUUGAGAUACCUUUUCCCUGGGAAGGAGGGGUUCUCCCAGGCAUGGGUGAGCAGGCAUUAGCCCAGCACAGUUGUGCUUUGAGGGAUCUUUCAGGGCUUGAAUGUGAGACCCCUAAUGCAAGUAGGGAAUCCAGGAUAAGCUUGCCUCAGGAUCAUUUCCAAAGGGGAAAGCCAUGUGAAGCGAUAGAGGCACCAACUUCAAGAAUUACCUCCUUGCCCAGUGAGGUGACACAAACCUUUCAAUUCCUAGUAACACUCACACACACACACUCUCUCUCUCUCUCUCUCUCUCUCUCUCUCUCUCUCUCUCUCUGAAUGAGAUCUGGGACAGAAUGGACAACUGGAGCCAUGGGGUCUGAGGGAACCAAGAAGAACAGGGGGCCUACCUUGGGGGAUCAGGGCAAUAGGUGGCUCUGUGCUCCUGACACACCAAAUGGGAGACAGGCCUGAGACAGAGACAAGCCUUCCUAUGACAACUCAGCCCAGCCCUGCCUCAGGGCCUCCUCUAAGAACCAAGGGCUCAUGCUUCAGUGAAGUUCGCUUAAAAAUCUGCUUAAAUCCCAGCCCCAACCUUGUUCAUCCUUCCACCCGUACAACUCCUAGCUGCUACCCCAACCCUUGGUGCCACUGUUCUCCCAUCCUGCACCCUUUCUUACUGAACCUGCCCUGCCCAGACAACUCUACACUUCAAAGUUUGACCUUCACUCCACUCCUCCCAGCAGACCCCUAGAUCCUAGAUCCUAGCUCUUCCUUUGGCCUCAGUUUGACUCUACCCAACUCCCCCACAUGUGUCCUUCUCACCUUGCUUCACUCUACAAAAUUAAGGGAACACUAUAGCUAGUAAGCGUGGGACCAGAGAUGGGUAGGAUACUGUGAACCUGUCCAGCAGAGCAAGGCUAGGGCUGCUCGCAGGCUCUGCCAGCAGAGGGCGCUGCAGCCUACCCGUCUGGUAGGAGGCUGCGGCCAGGCAGGGGGCGUGGGUGGAAAACUGGCGCUGACAGGCUAAGCUGAAAUAGCUCAGCCUUUCUAAAGUGCCACGCACACUUAGAGGACGGUGGGAGAAAACUUUAGGUAGCGGGUGCAUGGAGAGCAGUGUCAAAAUGUUAAACAUUUUAUAUUUGUUUUAACAUCUUUUUGAAACACUAAAACCAACCUAUCAAAACCAUGA